AUGUCGACAAUACAACAACUCAAAAAUUUCAUCCGUCAUGGCAAGCAAGCCCGGGUGGCCGACGAAUCGUCGGCAAGCGCAAAGUACGACAACCCGCAACCCAAACAUCAACAGCCUCCGAAGACGGCAGCAACAGAACCUUUGCUGGGCGACAAUACCGAUAGACAUCGCCGCGACGCAACAAAUCGCGCUGACCCCGCCCAACCCCAAGCCGCAGAAGUAAAAGCGAAACAACACAAGCGCAUCCCCGACGAAAACAUUGCAAAGCUUAUUGCUGAAGAGAACGAGAGCAAAAGCAAGUUCCCCGUCUACCCGGGCCUCGAGCGGUGGGAACUCGUGGAGAAGAUGGGCGACGGUGCCUUCAGCAAUGUCUAUCGGGCCCGAGACCGCGAAGGAAUCCUGGGAGAGGUAGCUAUCAAGGUCGUCCGCAAGUUCGAGAUGAACAGUUUGCAGAGGGCGAAUAUCCUGAAGGAGGUGCAGAUCAUGAAGCAGAUCGACCACCCUAACAUCAUCAAGCUCAUCGACUUCUCCGAGUCUCGGCAAUACUACUACAUCAUCCUUGAGUUGGCCCCUGGAGGAGAGCUGUUUCACCAAAUCGUGCGGUUGACCUACUUCAGCGAAGAUUUGUCUCGUCACGUCAUCACUCAGGUCGCAAAGGCGUUGGAGUAUCUACAUGAAGAGAGGGGAAUUGUUCACCGAGACAUCAAGCCGGAGAACAUCCUGUUCAAUCCCAUACCCUUCAUCCCGUCAAAGCACCCGAAGCCUAAGCAGCCCGGGGAUGAAGACAAGGUUGACGAGGGUGAAUUCAUCAGGGGCGUUGGCGCCGGUGGCAUUGGGCAGAUCAAGAUUGCCGAUUUCGGGCUUUCCAAGAUCGUCUGGGACAACCAGACCAUGACACCUUGUGGCACUGUCGGGUACACAGCGCCCGAGAUCGUCAAGGACGAAAGGUAUUCGAAAUCAGUCGACAUGUGGGCUCUGGGGUGCGUUCUCUACACGUUGCUGUGUGGAUUCCCGCCUUUCUACGACGAGAGCAUUGAGGUGCUCACUGAGAAGGUGGCCAAGGGCCAAUACACAUUCCUUUCGCCGUGGUGGGAUGACAUCAGCCAGUCAGCCAAGGACUUGAUUUCACAUCUACUUUGCGUGGACCCGGAGAAGCGAUAUACGAUCAGAGAAUUCCUCGCCCACCCCUGGAUCCGCGAGAUCGGGCCUACGCCACGGGAGGAAAAGAAAUUGCCGGCAGAUCAGGCAUUGCGCGCCUUUGAUAUGGGCUCGCUCGUAGAGGGCGACAAACGCUACGACUUCCGGUCUCCUGCUGCCAUCAACCUCCGCGAGGUCUUCGAUGUCGGCUACGCAGUGCACCGGCAGGAGGAGGAAGGCAAGCGGCGGAAACAGAUUGGUGGCAAGGCUGGCGUAUCACGUCUUGACGAGCUGGAUGAAGACGACGAAAUGGAGGAGGACGAGAACAUCGCGCAAGUCCUUCAAAAUGCUAAUGUCGGCACCGGUUCCUCGACUCAGCAAAUCGAACAACGCAUGAAAAACACACAGAUCCGCGAGCAGGAGCAUCGGGGCCGUGACCGCGAGAGGAGAGCGCACCCGCCACCCGCGGCAGCUGCCGAGCAGCGCGGUUAUGGCCAGCACUCGGCUACGGUUGCCGCAGCUGCGAGGCAACAGGUGCGCGAGCGUAAUAAGCAAAAGGGCCCAUUCGAGCUCAACUUAGAUGGUGCCACGCUGCUUGGCCGUCGCGGGAUGAAGCCCGCUGCGAGGGUAGCAUAG